CCCGAGCGCACCAUCCAGAUCCAUAGUUCAGGCUUCAACUGUACAAGUAACGACCGUUGAAAUCCCGACGCUUGAGAAAAAGUUAAAUACACUGAAACAAACCAGACUCCCACCAGUCGCAGAAUGAAAGAGAUUCAGAUUUGACGCAACAGCAGUGAGUGGUUUCCCAGCAGCUCCGGAUUUCUAGCAGACUUUCCACAGAAAAACGUCCGAAAACUGUGAGUCACGAGCAAAACUCAUCUUCCUGGGGAACAAUGAUGAAUGGGUCACUUACCUGAGACACACCCCUCAAUGACGUAUGCGGAUAUACCUGCUGCAGAAGGGGCUUUUCAAAAUAAUAAUAAGCCUAAAAUAGAUAGAUGGAUAGAUAGAUAGAUAGAUAGAUAGAUAGAUAGAUAGAUAGAUAGAUAGAUAGAUAGAUAUUACAUCGAAGAGUUCUUGAAAAGAUAGACCAGAUGUAAUGGAUUUUAUUUUCAGUUUUACUUCAUCAAAAUGUUGUGGAAGUUGAUUUUUUCUCUUAACGCCUUGUCUUGCGUGUCAUAAAAGAUGCUUUUAUUGUGAAGCCCAUAAUAACAAAACACUUUAAUUUUCGGUGUUGUAACGCAAAUUGCACAGGUGAGUAGGGUUCAUGAGAAAUGUGGUGUAUGUCACCACCUACAGAUCACACCCCUACAUGAAAUAUUUCUCCUAUUUUAACAAUCCUAUCAUAAGAAGUUAGUUAUUCUGUUUUUUUGAUUUUUUUUUAAACCAGUUUUUGAUUUAAAAUGUCUGUUUUCUUAGCUGAUAGCCUGUCUACCUGUAUGGUCUCUAUUAGGUAAUUUCUACUUCCAAAAAAACCCCAAUAAGAUGAUGUCAAAAAUGGACAAUGAGACUUUAAUGUUUGGCUAUUUGUGUAGUUACUUGUUGUGAGGUCAUUUGCAAACUUUUUCUAGAUUACAGUCACAAUGACUGAAUAGUUUGUUUUUACAUUUUAAAAGCUAACUUAUUCGGUUAUCACUGAUCAUAUCUUAAGACACUGGGGAAAAUGGCUCUUUAUUUUGUACAAAGUUGGUAGCCAAUGAUGUUCUGGUAAACUUGAAUUACCAGUGCAGCUCACCAAGCUGGUUAGCGUUCAGCCUUCAAAAGUGUAGUUGGGAGACUACUGACUGAUCCUAUUCUAGCCAGUUCAUUGACACAGGACAAACUCUUAUCCAGCCUUAGUUUGACAAAAUAUUUAUUGCUACAAAAAGUAGAUAAAGCAACAGAGAGAGGCAAAAACUUGUGUAUCCUGUUUUAUCAGCAUGUAAGAGUGAAGAUCUAUCAUUUAGAGAUACCUGAAGUGCUGGCCAAUUCAAAUGUAGUAUAAUAAUGUGAAUAUUUGUAGAUUUUGUAUCUUAAUAAUGCGCAUUAGAAAGGAUUUUUUUCCAGCAAGUGCAAAGUCAAAAAAUAAAUAAAUAAAUAGAUGUGGAAAAUAAUAACAGAGCAUUUAGGGUGUAAUCACAAUCCUAAUAGAGUCCCCUGACUAAAGCAUUUGUUAUAGGGUAUGUUCAGGUUCAAUUUCACCUCAUUCCAGGAACAAUCUUGCCUCACAUGAUGAGUCUAUUGUCCAGUGGUUUUUAUUUUCAGCCUAAGCUGCUGUGACAAAGCAUGUUUAUCGCGCUGUGCGAAUACAGCGUCUAACUCCGACAGAGUAAAAAGCAAAGCCUCUUAUGAGAUUACAGCUGCAGUCUUUUACUGAAUCAGAUAGAGAGAAAAGAAGAGAGGAGCAAUGACCACUCACAACACAACAGACCAAAAAAAAAGAAAUACUAUUUAUAGAUUUUAAGUGACUGAUAGUAAAUUGUGGUGUGUAUCUCUAAAAUAAAUUGAAGUUAGAUUCAAAGGAGUACAGAUCCAUGAUUUUAAUUAGGUCUAGAGAAAACUGUUAUAAUGGUAAAUAAAAGGGAUAUUGAUUAAACUGCGAAUAUCAUAAUGCACAGCUUCACAAAAACAAUUCAAAGUCCCCCCAAAACCAAAUACUUACGUGAAAGAAUUGAUUCUACAGUAAAAAAUGUCUUUUAUGACUCUGAUGAACAAUAUUUUGGUCUAUGGCUGAUACAUUACUGACAUUACUUUUAUACAGUCAGUUUAAAUGCACAGUUAAGUCAUGCUGUGGUUUGUGCCUAAUCAGCUGACAGUGGCGUUGCUGUUUCAAAAAAUAAUGUUCAACUGAUUCGGCGUGGUGACCUCCAUCUUUGUAAAACAUCAUUGUUAAGGUCAAGAGUGCCAUUCACUGGUCAAGGAAUGAUAACUCAACUUUUUGGUCUGAUUAACUGUAUAUUCUUAAUUUCAACAGUUUAUUACAUUUUGGGAUAUGAACUUUUCUCUCCAAGUUCCAAGUAGCAGGAGGGAAACCAUGAAUAACUUUACAACUCUCUGCCUUCAUAAUUACAAUUAAUUUUGUAAUUAUUAAUUCUCUUCUUCUCCUAGCUGUCAAGGUUUUCUCCACUAUGUCACUUUCCUCAGUGCAUUUAUUUGGAAAAGCUGGAGAAGAUCAAACACAAGCACAACCUGCAACAGCAUGUAAGAUACAGCUUUACUGUUGUUGUCUCAGUUCCUGUAAUGUAUCAGGGUGUGAUAUUUUGGGAUCUUUUAGCUGAUGAUACUCUUAUUUUUAUCUGUAGGACUUUCAGAAGCUCUGCAAUGAUAUUUGUUCUCUUACUUCACCAAAUAAUCUGAAGCCUCUUGCGUCACCACUGAGGUUGUAACAGUUGGUAGAUGUACAGAAUUAAAAUGAUGUGGUGUCAGGCAGGGCAGUGGGAUUACUCUGUGGUGUCAUGACAGGCCUCACUUUACCCAUGAUCCUCCUCUGCACCUCUGUAUAGGCUCUGAUCCGGCCCGCGUAUCCCUGACCACUCCGCUCGCCACGUGAGGAGUAAUUACAGCUGCUGCCUGCACGCCCAGGACGGUAAUCCUGCAGGGACAAAUCCCACCCGCUGCCACUCCUCCACCACCACCACCACCCCCUGCACCCGGCAUCCCGCUGGGUCGAAUCCAGACAGAUGUUGAAGCUCAGCGUCUUUGAUCAGCGUCCAAAUCAGCACUGUCAUGAGAAACAUCUGGACCUAACAGGCCUGUUCACCUGAUGCUUUUUGUUUAAUUAACAACGUGAUGGCAGUCUGGAGAUUUAGGAGUGCUUUUACUCCAGAACCACGAGUUGAUGUAGGUGAACUAAUACUUCAGCAUGUUUACAUUGAAGUGUUCUUGGGUUAUCCAAUACGAGAUCCAAAAAAAGCCAGAAGGUGAAAAACAAAAAGGCAUUAUAAUUACUUGCAGGGUGGUUGCAGAAACUGUUAAAAGCAAGUGGAGAGAAACAGAAAAGCUUACCAAACUAAAAACGUCUCUUUGUGCCAGUAUUUGGGAUUGUCAGACACAUAACCCAAAACAGUAAAAAUAUCUUGCCAUGUUCACUAACCACGAUUGUGUAGAGCACUGCUGAAAGUGUAUCAGUUAGUAACACUGCAUGACUGCUGUAUGUGAACAAUGAAAGGAAGAGCUGAUCUUUGACAAGGUCUCUUCCAUCUGUGAACCAAAAAUGAGGUCCCUUACCAAAAAAGUAUACCUCAAGUACAUUUUAUGAAGUAUGCUGAUGUUCAUUUUAGUGUACUUCCCAAAGUAUGCUUUGUACACUGAUACAAAAAUACUUCCAGUGUACUUCAACUUCUUGUGACUAAAUUAGCCCAAUCUAGUUUAUAAAAGGACACUCUGAAGCAUACCCUUAUAUAUUUGCCCAUACUAUUAUAAACUUCUCAUCCCCUUUUUAGUUUAUAAAAGGACACUCUGAAGCAUACCUUUAUAUAUUUGCCUAUUAUUAAUACAAUUUUUUUUUCUAUGGGGGAAAUUGUGGGAGAUUGGGGUGACAUGCAGCAAAUGGUCAGGAGGGGAAUCAAACCCACACCCACAGUGGGGACCACAGUCCUUACAUGAGAUGUGCCUUAAUCUACUUGGCUAUCUGCACGCUAACUCUGAAGCAUGAUUAAAAUUACAUUUUGCUAUGGUAUUAUUUCAAUUGUCAUACAUAUUUGUAUGCUUGGUUUGUACUGCUUAUCUUUUUUAAGAGUAAAUGAGAGUAAAUGAAAGUAUACACUUGAAAAGAUAUAUGGAAGUAUUCACUGACCAAGUAUACUUAAACCCAAGGCAUAAAUACAUACUUGAGUAUAUCUUGGUCAAAGGUUUAUGUAGUUGUAUAGGUUAAAUAUAUUUAAACUUAAAGUAUAAAUCUUAGUACAAGCCAAGUAUACUUAAAAUUAGAUUUGUUCAGUAUAUCUCUGAAAAGUGCAUUAACAGUAAACUGAGAGCAUACUUCAUUUAAAAACAGUACUUCUUUUUGGUAAGGGUUACUUUGAAUUUACCCUGAAUUUGGGUAAUUUUACCAAAUUUAACCAAAUUCAAAUUGGUGGACUGUCUGUUGGUUUGGGAGGGUUAUUUAUUUAAAAGCUCUGAAGGGCACUUUGAGCAACUAUUUGCAAAGUUUUUACACAAGACCUUAAAGAUGCCUAAAUCUUGGCAUGAUGGGUUUGUAAAAUUUGGUGAGUAGUACAUGUUCAGGCCCCCUUAAAAGCAAUUCACCUGAAAGCAACAAGAGAGUGACACUGGCAAGAAGUUAGCCAGUGGAGGUAUAUCAGCUAUAACCACAGAGGGACUAAAUCCCCUGAGAGGAAGGACUUGUAGACCUUCAUUGUCACACUCAUUCUUGCAACAAGAUGAAUCGCUUGCUGCUGGCCACAGAAAGUAGGGCCUAUCUCAAAAAGUACAUCAGUCUGUGAUUGACUUAUGAAUUGAUCUAUACCAAGAGAGUGUUAUUGUGGUUUUCUGAGGCAAAUUCUGAAUAUUUGUCUGAAUAGAUAUAGAAAACUUUGUUGAAGAGGAAAGUCAAAGUCCAGUACACAUAAAAAAAGGCUUCAAUUUUUAUGAUUAUGUGUCCCAGCAUCCAGAAGAAUGAAAAGUGAAAGUGAAAUAGUGAAAUACAAUCACACACAGACACACAGACACACACACACACACACACACACACACACACACACACACACACACACACACACACACCAAAAAUGUCCCAGCUGUGUAAUUUCACUAUUGCUGUAUUUUAUUCCUCAAGUUUGUUCCACGUGCCAGCGAUUUGAUCUGAAGAGGAGCCCCGCCUAUUUCUGUCACUGAGCUUUACUGGCACACAAACAGGACUACACACACACAUUUAUGGACACACACAGAGACACACACAGACACAGACACACAAUGAUAUAGGGCAGCUGCAGGCCUCUAAAUCCCAUCAUUGGCCUGAAUCCUGUUGCUCUGCUGCUGCAUGUGCCGGCAUGUGAGCUGCUUCUUAACUCAUGGCUCCUCCUACAUCAGACUCCACCUCCUCCCACUUCACCCAUGUCUCCCAUCACCCCCCUCCUCCUCAGACACCCCCCACCCCCCACCCAGCAUCCCUGGUACAGCAUCCAUCCUCUCCCUGCUCCUUGAUUUGUUUACUCCACUGUUCAACAUCAUCAGCAUCCAGAGCUGUAGUUGAUCAUUGUUUAUUUACUCUACAGACAGAUUCCUCCGUCAGCACAUCAGCCACCUUCGCCUCCAACUGAGCAGGAUGCGGUCACUUCUGGAGAGCAGCUGGAUGAAGUUUGGACCUGCAGGCAGGGGUUCAUAUGACUGGGUGACAGGCGCACCAUCAACACAGGACAAACAGGUGAGUGCUUUACUUUCAGCUGAGACAAACUGUCUCUGAAACCUUAAAUUUUUGGGCUGGUGGGUGACAUUUAAAAAGUCAUUUCAAAAAUCAUUUCAGAAUGAGCAUAAAUCUAUAUAAACACAACUUAAGACUGAGUUAGUCUCUGAUAAAGUUUCAUAUGGAUAGAACACAACAAAGUAUUAUCAUAUAGAGUAGCGUAGAAAAGAAAAAUAGAAUAGAAUGUGAAAAAAGAUGAAAUAAAAAAGGUAAAGAAUAAAUAAAAUACCAUUGAUAGUACUGAAAAAAUGGAAAAGGACACGGUACACAUUAUGGCAGAAGAAAUAAAAUAUAGUUUGGUUGGUGGUGGAAUAGAACAGAAAGGAUACAAUGGAAUACCAUUAGGAUUAUUGUAAUUUAGUGGAUUAAAAGAGAAAUCAUAAGAACAGAAUAGAACUAAUUUGCUAGAAAAUAAUAUAAAACAACAUUAACCAAUUUUGUAGAAUAGAAAAGGAUAGAAAGGAAUUGUAGAAUAGAAUGAAAUGUUGGCUGGUAAAUUAGAACAGAGAAGAAUACAGUUUAGUCGAACAGAAUGGAAUAGAAAAGAAUAGAAUAAUGUUGAACAAAAGAACUAGAACUAAAAGACUUGAAUGUAAAAAAUGGCAAAGAAUGGAAUGAUAGAAUUGAGCUAAAUGAGUAAAGUAGAAUCAAAUAGAGUAGAGUAGAAUACAAACAGUAGGCUAGAACAGAGUUGAAGUGAAUAGAAUAAGAAAUCGUUGAAUGAAAAUGGUUGGAAAAGAAUGGAACAGGAUAGAAUUCAUUGGAAUUAGAAUUAGACGAUGUCGUCAUGAUGUCACGGUGCACAGAGGGUCUCCUUUCUUUGGUGGGAACUCCUGGACCAAUCCCUCUGACUGUUUAUGAAGAGGGUCAAACAAGCUCCACCUACAGCAGCUACAAAAGCAAUAUGAAGGAAAAAAACAGCUCUGGUGUUUGAUGGUACCAAGUGUUUUCUUUCUUCAUCAAACCUGGACAAUUACUUUUGUAACCAUGAUGCCAUUUUUACCAAAUAGGGGGUCAAUGCAACCAAAAUAAAAGAGAUUUUGUGAAGUUAAAUCUUUUACUCUCUUUUCAUUUAAACCAUUUCCAAGCUUAAUGCCAAAUUUGAGAAUUUCAGGACAGAGGUAUUCUGCUCAUAGUGCUCAAACUGGCUGAAAAUCUCAGCAGUCCUGUCCUGCAGGAGUGCAGAGUCUGCAUCGUGCUGGGUCAUCCAGUCAUCAUUUACUAAUUGAUUUAAAAAAAAAAAAAAGGAAUUUGGGCCUCACUAAGCGUAUUGUUUACUUACCGCUCUGUCUGAUAAACAGCACCGCAGAUUUGUAGCUGCAGACCAUGACACGUUCAGUUUUGCUGAAUAAAACUCUGGAUGGAAUGAUGCCUUCAUGUGUGUUCACACUGAUGUUUAAAGAAGACCUUGUUUGUUAGAUUUUUGCAGUCUCAGUCAUACAGUCAUUUAAAAACAUACUGUUACUGCUUGAAUGUUGGAUUUAGACUAUUGACACAAAAUAGAUAUCAACUGAAAAUUUUUAAGCAUCUUUUAAGUUUAAUCUCCAUCUGCAGCUCCAGAGAAAAUGAAGAGACUGCUCCAAAUUUUUUCCUCUCCAGGUUUAUCAUUUCUUUUGUGUGACCUUUAUUUAAUAUAUAUCCACUUUCCUUGUUUGAUCUCCAGGGCCGAAACUGGAAUGAGCUAGACCUUGCAGAUGACAGAAAGACAGAGCUGGUGAUCUACGUGGUCCUCCCAGUUGUCUCCGUUCUGCUCCUGGCUCUCCUGGUGGGUCUGAUCUACCGCCGGUGUUCCCACAGCAAACUGAGCCUAGCUGACAUCAUUGCCCUGGACCUCCAGGACGCUGAGAGCAGUGCCGAGUUUCUCGCCUCCCUGACCAGGAACGCAGAACGCCACACCAGCACCAGCUCGGACGGAUCAGACGGGGUCUUCGUCAUGGUGUACCUGCCCCCACCCUAUGAGGAAACUCUUACCAAGAUUACCCGAGCCGCCAGCCUCUCCAGUUCCAAAGAUGUGGAGUCGAUAAAGAUCGAGGACUUGGAGGCCAAGCUGUGUCCAGAGCUGAAAUGCAGUGGCAGAUUUGUUUAACAGUGUGACAAUUUCCUGUGAUUUCAGACAUUUCAACUCCAAUAUUUGGCAGUUUAAAACGAUAUUGUCAGAAAGUAUCACUCAGACAUGAACUCUGCGGCUCCAUACAGCUUUUUAGCCCCAUUUUUCUCAUAUUUCUGGUAUGUUUGGUUCACUCUCUCCACUCUCAUAAACCUUAUUUUCAGCAAAGCAGGCAAUACUUUUCUUCAAACAGGCUCUGUUAAACCCGUUAUCUUCUACCCUCAUAUGACCAAACAGCAUCUAGCAGCUUAACAAACAGUUGUGUUUGUCAGUAAAGAUCUCACAGAGCAGGAAAAGUGAUCAUUGGACUCAGAUUUAUCAAGUGGAUGCAGUGUAAACACUCCUUCAAUAGGUUGAUAAUGUUUAUCUGUGUCUGUUGGAUGUGUUCAAAUGUAAAUGUUCAUGAGUCUAUUUGUUUUGGACUUCUGCCCUAAGUGUGUAAACAUCAAUAAAAC